AUGAGCUCGUCAGCCGCGGCCAACGACGACGGGUCGGCCGAGAGCCCAGCUGCGACCGCAAGGGCUCCCACCACCUCUAUCACCGAGGUGUCGGUAGACGACGAUCCCACAAAUCCCGAUAUAGAGAUGGACGUCAAGGACACGGGCCAGGUGGCCGGUGGGAGGCUGGGCACAGAGUCAACCGAGAGGCCCCUGCCGCCCAACGCCAUGAGGCCGAAUUUGCAGCGAAACGCCCUGCAACGAAUUACGCUCGACUCGCCGCAAUAUGGAGGCAACUCUGCGAUACCUAUGCCACAGGCGCCCGCGCCGCCCCUCCCGACAGACUCGCUGUCCCUGGCGCAGCUCCGCAAGAUCGUUAACGAGGUGAACCGGCCCGAGCAGCCGGCCUACGACUUUGUCUACGCCGACAUGGGACCGCACGCAGAGGAGAUUGACGAGUGGUUCAUGUACCAAUUCUGGCAGUGGGUGCGCCUCAGCUCCGCGCAAAAGGCGUUUGAGUGGCACUGGAGCCACGAGACUAUGGGCAGCAGUCAGGGCGGCUACGAGGUCGCCUGGGAGGAUGCGGACCACGAUACUCGCACGAGAUUCGUCCAGGCGGCGAUUGCCGGUGUGCAGUCCAACGACGCGGCGUUGCGCUCAGCCUCGAUCGGGAAGCUGGUGUAUCUCGUGCUGGGUCGCUGGGGAGACACCGCCAUGCCCAACACGGUGGCGCCAGACGACGACGAAGAAAAAGACGGUGACGGAGCAACGAGGAGCAAGGGACCUGGCCGAUCAAUAGCAAGUAUCAUGCAGCUGCAGGCGAUCAAGGCAGGUGUCGAAUGCCUCGCUUCGCUUGAGGGCUUACCAGUCGUGUGGGAGGCCUUGAGGCACGCGUUCGAGCUUCAUUGGUCUGGGGAUGUACCAAAUUCCCAAUCCGGCAGCCAGGGCAGCCCACAGGAGCCGCAUGAUGAGCUGAUGAACCUCAUGACCAUCAUGUAUAUUGCUCUCCAAGAGGUUCUCAGCGACCCUGAAGACAUGUCCGCGUCAUACGGAAAACUUCUUGAGCUACAGCCACCUCUAACUGAAUUCAUGAUGACGGCGACAAUGAAACUGAGAUGGGAUGAACAGAAUGCUCUCCCGCAGCCGCAAAUUCUAUUGCUAUUUUGGAAGUCUAUUUUGCUCGUGUUCGGCGGUACCAAGGACUUACAGAGAGUCAAAAAGGCCACCAGCGAACUGAGCGAGAACCAAGACAAGCAAACAAUUACUGCAUCACCGCUAGACUACCACGUCUUCCGCCAAGAGAUAACCUCUAAAUAUCCUGCUUACGUUCCUCCCCGGCCCGCCAUCCCCCUCGAAGACGAAAACACAUCCCUACUUCCACCACUUCCCCAGCAUCCGGCCCGAAACAGCGGCUCCAAUGGCAUCCUACCUGCGCCAACGAACUCACAAAUUGGUGGCGCCAGUAUUCUACACCAACCAGUCCAUAUUGCUACGCCGGCUCCAUCACCGCCACCAUCGCCCGGCGUCGGAGGUAAGGGCGGUAAGAAGCAGAACUAUCAGACAAAUCAGAACUUCCCAUUCAUGUACCCGCCACUUGACGCCACAAGUAAUAGCGCUGGCGGCAAGGGACUUGCGGCACUCGACGAUACCAUUAACCGCCGAUGGGAAGGCAGCGAUAUCCCCGCGUCUAUCUUGGAAGCGGGCGAGCUCUUCUCCACGAGAGUGCGAAUGACUAGAGCCACCAGGCAGCUGUGGGAUGAGAGAGAGGGUUUUCUCAAGUUCGAGCGUGGCUGGGAGCCGGAUGAGGACGAUGACGAUGUUGAAGCGCUGGACCUCAGCGAACUCACAGAGGAAGAAAGAGAACUGAUCAGAGAGGUGAAGGGCGCGGAUAAGGAAACGCGUAUACCAGUUGCGCCAGCAGAAGCUGUUGAUUACGGCCCGCGAACGGCGGAGAUGACCGACAGAGACAAGAAGCGGAUGGAAGCUGUAGAGAGUUUCUACCAUCAAGCAUUGCCUCAUCUGCAAUCCUUGGUUAUUGUGCUGCUGCGACCAGUCUUUGCCAAUGUUGCGGCCAUUGUAGCACAGCAAGGUCCUCAAGGCCCACACAUGAACCAGGGCAUGCCAGGUCGUAAUGGACCAGGCAUGAACGGUGGGCCUAAUGCUGAUAACGGAAGAGCAGGCGGAGACGCCCCCGAGCUGUCCCCAGAGGAAGUAGACGCUGCUAGAACGAGAGAAAUCACAACUAAAGCUAUGUCGGGUAUACUGGUGCUGCUACUGAAGUGGCUAAGACUAUCGCGUGAGUAUUUCGAUCAGGGGCAGGACGUUUUGCGGUUCGAGUAUAUGACUCAGCUCUUGCUAGACUCGAACUAUGUACCGCUUGUGCUCAAGCUGUUUGCCCAUCAGGAUGUGCAGCAAGUUGUCGACAGCAAAAUGGAUCGUAUGGAGAACAGGUUUGUCCAGAAAUCUCCGACACGUCUUCUCGUGCUAACAUUCCCCCAAAGCUUUUUCCAAUUCUGCAAUCUACGAUCCCGAUUCAAGGAUGGGACAGAUAGUGAUCUUGAUCAUGAGGAUGAAGAUGAGGACGGCGAGGACCAGGCUGAUGGCCCUGGCGAACCAGAAAGUGAGGUGGAGGAAAGCGAUGACAGCGCAGCUCCGCCCCCAAUCAAGAAGUAUCGAUCCCCGCCGGCCGAGGCGGCGCAGGAUCUUCAGACUGCAGAGCCGACAAGCCUAUCCCCUGAGGAAGAUGGCAAUCGGAGCAUGCGGCCAGAGGUCGACGAACUUGGCUACCCAGUCAACGAGCUGCCUGUGGAGCCGAUUACGGACUUUUCCUGGCGCAAUUUCUUCUCGCUGAUCAACUACUUGCGGGUAAUGCAAAAGAUUUGCAAGGGCAAGGCCCAUCGCAACCUGCUCCUUGUGCAGUACAAGUCGUCAACGAUUCUGCGCAAGUCGCUGCGGAUCCCCCAGCCCGAACUGCGGCUGUACACGCUGAAACUGUUCAAGAACCAGGUGCCGUACUGUGGGCGCAAAUGGCGCCAGAGCAACAUGCGCGUCAUCACGGCCGUGUACCUACAUUGCCGGCCGGAGCUGCGUGACGAGUGGCUGGCGGGUAGCGAUAUUGACGCCGAGGUUGACUCGGCCCUGCCGCUGGAGCAGGCGCUCCGCGGCCUCACACACUGGUUCAACAUUCGCCGGUACCCGGACAAGACGCUGGGCGGAAUCCCCACGACAGCAGCCGAGUACAAGGAGAAUCAGCAGCAGCACCAACGUCACGGGCACACGAUUCAGCAAGACUUUUUCACCCGCGAGUUGGAGAAGCUAGAUAUGGACUGGACUGACAUGAGCGGUGAUGAUGGAAUAAGCGAGGUGGAGAAUUGGUAA